AUUGGUUGACGUGGCAACGGGAUGCGACACCUUUUGAAAGACCCAGUUAUCAGCAUGGUCACUAUGAACAAACAUGAGGACUCGUGGGAGAGGCUAGACACUGAAUUUGACCAUUUUCUACUGGACAUGAAACCAUAUGUCCUUAAAAACCCCAACAAGACAGAGCGCCAGCGUUGUGCUACAUGGAUAAAGAAGCUGUGUGAUCCCGCGUCAUGUGGUUCAGGUGUGAUAGGGAGGAAAAACCGCAACCUGUAUGCUCGCUUGCUCCUUCAUAUGCUCAAAAGAGGUAUUCUUGAGGGGCCUUUCAUCAGCAAUCCAGAGCCUGGAAGUCUCAAGACACUCCCCACCUACAUGUCCAUCUACUUUGAUGAACCACUGAGUGGUCGGUCUGUGGGGCAGAACAACAGAGUUCUGCCUGACUGGGUGACCGGAGAGCUGAGUUACUAUACUGAUGACAACGUUGCUGUGGAGCUACAUAAGGAUAGACCCAGUUCUACAACUGCUACAACUCAUCACAGGAGAAGAUUGUUUGAGGAGAAGAAGCUUUCUCGACCCAUGUCCUCCAGUCCACUAAAAAACGCACCCAAACAAGAUGGCAGAAUGGUAGAUGGGGUGUCAAAGGUAGAUAUGUCUCCUGAUGACAGUGACCUAGAGGCUCGUCUCAACAGCUGGAACCUGGGGAUUGAAAACCCCAGGUAUUUAAGAGAGAAGCCCAUUCCCUUGUCACCAAUUUUCAAGUCGAGCUUUGAGAGGAAUAGCACUUUUGCCAAUGAUCAUGGCCCACAGAGCAAAGAGACUGAGAUGAGGAUCAAAGUGUUGGAGGCAAAGCACCAGGAGGAGAAACUGAAAAUGCAGCAGAGCCAUGAUGCAGAUGUUGAGAAGAUCCUGGACAGAAAAAACCGUGAGACUGAAAAGAUAAAGAGCCUGUAUCGGGCUAAGCAGAAAGAGUCAGAGGAGAUGAUUCGUAAGCUGGAGAAGAAAGUUCAAAGUGUGCUGCGGGAAUCCCAGGUCAUCUGUGAGAGCAAAGAGAAGCAGAUAGCGGAGCUGCGGAAGAUGUCGAAUCAGAGUGCUGACUCUUUAAAAAAUGAGUGGGAGAAGAAGGUUCAUGCUGCUAUGGCAGAGAUGGAGGAGGAGAAGUUUGAAUUGCAGAAAAAACACACCGAGAACAUCCAGGAGCUGCUGGAGGACACCAACCUCAGACUGGCUAAGGUGGAGUCUGAAUACAAAGCUCGGUCACAGGCCACUGAGCAAACGGUGCGUGAGUUGGAGCUGCGGGUGAAGCAGCAGUCGGUGGAGGUGGAGAAGGGCAACGCGCUACGUCAGAAAGUGACACAGGAGAAGGCCCAGUUGGAGAUUCAGGUUGCAUCCCUCAGUGCUGAGCUACAGGAAGCUAACAGACGGAUUUUGAUGCUGCAGAAGGAGAAAGAGCAGCAGCAUGAGCUGCACGAGCAGACCGCACUGAAGCUCCAAGCCAAACACGAGACUGACAUGAGCCACUUACAUCAAGAACAUGCUCUGUCGGCUGCCAAGGCCUCUGAGGUGAUAGAAGAAUUGGAGAGGAGUGUGGCCCAGAUCAAACAACAGCUCCAGGACAGUGAACAUCGAAGACAGCAACAAGUCAGGGAUCAAGAGAAGAAGUUUCAGCAGGAGAAAGAUGAACUGCAGAUCAGCUGUGAGAAGAAGGUGUUGGCAGCCCACAGUGAGGCAGAGAGGGAGAAAAUAGAGGCCAAGAGGAAGAUCACCAAACUAGAAGAUGCACUAAGGGAGAUGGAGAGCCAACUGGAUCGAGCCAGGGAGAGUCAAAGGCAGCAGAUACAGCAGGCCGAUAAGGCACUGGAGCAGUUCAAGAAGCAGGUGGAGCUCAGCUCGGAGAAGGCCUAUGCUGACAUGAAACUCCAGAUGGAGAAAGUAGAGGAAGACCUGAACUGCUCUAAGUCCCUCAGGGAGAAGCAGGCCAAGGAGUUCUCUCAGCAACUUGAUGCACUCAGACAGAAAUAUGAGCAGCAGAUGGCUGAGCAGCACGCGCAGUACGAGCAGGAGAGGAUGCGGCUACAACAACAGCACAGCACGGAAAAGGACAGCCUGGUCCAGGAGCACCAGCGGGAGGUUAGCAGCCUGGAGAGGCAGGCCAGGGCUGCCCUGCAACAGCACCAACAGCACACCCAGGAGUGGAGGAAACGCGAUGGCCAGACAAUUUCAGAUUUGGAGGCCCAGGUGUCAAGUCUACGUGAAGAACUCCAGCAGGUCCAUGUCCAACAUAAGCAACACCUGGCUGAGAUGGCAUUGUUCCAGGAAGAGGAAAGGCACAGAGCGAUCCAGGACAAGGAGGCAUCCCUAGACCGGCUUCGCUCUGACAUGGAACGAAUACGCAGCGACCUUGAGAGAAACCACCAGCAGGAGAAGGAUGCCACUCAUGAGAAAGCCAACAGCAGGUUGAAGCAGAUUGAGAAGGAGUACAGUCUGAAGCUCGCCAAGUCAGCCCAGCUAAUUGCAGAGCUACAGACGUCUCUUUGUGACUCAAAGGAGGAGGCUGUUCGUAUGCAGCAGGCAAUGGAGAAGCAGCUGAAGGAGGCCAAUGCUCGUUGGGAUGAAGAGAGACGGACAAUAACCCACCAUGUUGAUCAGGACAACAAGGCUCUGCAGGAAAAGGUGGAAGGCCUGCAGAGACAGCUGCACUGCUCAGAGAAGAAGCUACUCAGCAAGGAGCUGGAGACUGAAGAGAAGGUGACUAUGGUGCAUCAGGAGUAUGAGGAGAAGAUCAAAGGUUUGAUGCCAGCUGAACUCAGACAGGAACUUGAAGACACCAUCACCUCUCUUAAAGCUCAGGUCAGCUUCCUCCAGAAGACCGCUGCUUUGCUGCAGGAAGACCUGGACGCCUGUCGCAGCAGGAGAUGAGUGGAAGUGGACUGUAUAAAAAUAUGUGGAGAGAGAAGACGGGCAGCCCGAGAAAAGCCUCCCCGCUGACAUAAGAGAGUGAGGAGAUUACAGUAGAAGCUCAGAGGGGGCGAACAG